AUGUUCUCGACUCUUCUUCUCGCAGCACUGCUGCCCCUGAUACAGGCUGCACCAGCGCCUGCUGUGACGCCGGCCGCUCACCUGGAAGACAGGGCCAGCAAGUCUUGCACCUUUACGGAUGCCGCUGCAGUCUCCAAAUCCAAGGCGUCGUGUGCCACGAUCACUCUUAACAACAUUGCGGUACCUUCAGGCACCACGCUUGAUCUCACCAAGCUGAAUUCUGGGACUAAGGUCAUUUUCGCAGGCACUACCUCCUUUGGCUACAAGGAGUGGGAGGGCCCGCUCAUCUCGGUUUCCGGCACGGACAUCGAAGUAACUGGCGCCUCUGGGCAUGUUAUCGACGGCAACGGUGCCGCGUGGUGGGAUGGUGAAGGAAGCAAUGGCGGCAAGACCAAGCCAAAGAUGUUCUAUGCCCACUCCUUGAAGCAAUCCACCAUCCACAACCUGAAAGUCAAGAACACCCCUGUGCAAUUCAUGAGCAUCAACUCAGCCACCGAUCUCAAUGUCAUUGACGUGACCAUGGACAACUCGGCGGGUGCCAGCAAGGGCCACAACACCGACGCCUUUGACGUUGGCUCCUCCGAGAAUAUUUACAUCUCGGGAGCUGUCAUCAACAACCAGGAUGAUUGCUUGGCCAUCAACUCAGGAACCAACAUCACCUUCACCAGUGGGUCCUGCACCGGCGGCCACGGUCUGUCCAUCGGCUCUGUGGGCGGCCGCUCCGACAAUACUGUCAAGACCGUCUCCAUCACCAACUCCAAGAUCAUCAACUCGCAGAAUGGCGUGCGUAUCAAGACUGUCUACGACGCGACUGGUUCCGUGUCCGACGUUACUUACUCUGGAAUCACACUAAGCGGCAUUACGAACUAUGGCAUCGUCAUUGAGCAGGAUUACGAGAACGGCAGCCCCACUGGAACCCCUACGACCGGCGUGCCCAUCACCGGCCUUACUGUAUCCAAGGUUACUGGUUCUGUCGCGUCAUCUGCGACUGAUGUUUACAUUCUCUGUGGGAAGGGGUCUUGCUCUGGCUGGAAGUGGUCAGGCAACAGCGUGACCGGUGGAAAGAAGAGCUCGAGCUGCAAGAAUAUCCCAAGUGGCGCUUCCUGCUGA